ACUUCAUCCAUCUGAGAUCAUUAAGCCUGAGGGGCUCGCCCUGAUCUGAGUUCUGUUUCUGGACUCGAGGAUAUGAUGGCUCGACAUGAAAGCAGCGAUGAAAACAGGAACUGUCUGAGCAGUCACGCUGUCUCUGAUAUGCUCUCAUUUGCUAAAAAUUGUGAUCUACUGGACAGCUUGUUCUCACAAAAACACACCAUGAAGACAGAAGAGCAGCUCUCUUUAGGGUUGACUCCCCUGCAAACAGACCAUGCAGGAGACUCUGGAGGACUCGAGGAGAGUGGCAACUCUAUGAACCUGGAUGAAGACUGCAGUGCUGUAGACAUAGCUUCAGCUCUCAAGUCUGUGGCUUUAAUGAGCACACAGGCUCUGAGAAAAAUGUUCUCAGUUUCCACACUAGAGAGGGAAGAUUCAGCUUUGUCUCCACUAGAUGAUCAGGAUAGAAACACAGAAGGGGCAGCGGAUCCAGCUGAAGAGGAGGGGCGGAGUGUAACUUUCCAGUCAAAGUUCAUAGAGUUCUUCCCUCUGUAUCAGGACUACUGUCUGCAGGAGGUGAGAGAAGACAUCUUCAGACUCACUAAGAGUUUAGUGUCUGAGCUGGUAACUCCACAGUAUCUGCAGGGUCUGCAGUCCCGUUUUAGUCCAUGCUGCAAAUCUGUGGCUUCGUCCCCUCAAUUACAAAAUCCUGGAAGAACUCCAUCAUCACCUCUACCCCAGCCAAUCAGGGUGACUCCGUGCACCCUCUGGCAAGACUUGGAGGAAGUGAAGGCAUCUGGCCUGCUCAGCAGCUUGACAUCCAGAGAGAUUCGCCUUCAGGAGACCAUCUUUGAGCUGACUGGCUCCGAGGCAUCAUACCUGAGGAGCCUCAGAGUUGCUGUCAACCAUUUCUACAUGUCAAAGCCGCUGAAAAAGGCUCUAUCGAACAGAGAGCAUCAUGUGUUGUUUUCAAACAUCUGUCAAGUGAUGGCAGCCAGUGAAAAGUUGCUGAUGGAUCUGGAAAUCCAUCUGGGAGAGAGCGUGUUGAUGUCUCAGGUUGGAGACAUUGUGCUCCAACACUGCCCAGAGUUUCACCGGCUCUAUGUGCCAUAUGUAACUAACAUGAUGUACCAAGAGGCUCUCAUUAACCAGCUGCUGCAGCAGAACAGGGACUUCCUCUCUGUGAUCAAGAAGCUUGAGAGUGAUCCAGUGUGUCAAAGACGGAGCCUCAAGUCCUUCCUGGUCCUUCCUUUCCAGAGAAUAACUCGUAUUAAACUCAUCUUAGAGAGCAUCCUGAAAUUGACUGAACCAGAUUCUGACUUGAUUUCCACCCUUAAAAAAGCAAUAGAAGCCAUUCACAAGAUAGUGACAGAGUGUGACAAGGGUGUCCAAAAAAUGAAACAAAUCGAGGAGCUGGUCUCUCUGGAAAUGCAGAUGGAUUUUGGCAAAGUUAAGUCAGUGCCUUUGGUUGUGAGCGGCCGUUUUCUGGUGCACCAGGGUCCCAUGAGACAGCUGACUGUGGACGCUGCGUACAGUUCGAGGAUAUCAUUCAUCAAUGUCUACCUCCACCUCUUCAACGACCUUCUGAUCAUCUCCUCAAAGAAGGAUCAGAGGUUCACUGUUCUGGAUCAUGCUAAUUUCCCCACACAUGUGCACCUUGAACCCCUGAAAGCCGAGGUCUUGGGUCUUCCUGCAGACUCCUUCCUUUUGCAUCUGUCUCAAAGUCGAACUGGACAACCGACUGCUAUGAUCCUUGUCACAAACACAAGGUCAGAAAAAGAGACAUGGAUGAGGCUGCUGUCUAAAAAGUGAUGGGAAUAUGACUCUAUGAUGACUCUUUGUUUUAUCAAACUAAGUAGACUUUUUUAACUUAAUAUUUCAAUAUAAUUUUUAAGAACUGAAAAAGGUUUACCUUUUAUCACCUGAGCAUUUCCUCUCUGCACUUCAUGUUCUUUGUUCAUGGCCCUCAGAGCACCAAAACACAAAGCACAUAAAAUAUGCACUGGGUUUUUACUAUUAAAACACUGUUAAAGUUAGGGAUACUUAAAUUUGGGGGAAAUUAUUUCAAUCUUAAUUUGUAUUUAAAUGAUUUUUAGUAGAGAUGCGCUUUUCCAUAUGUUUUAAAAGAUCAGUCUAAUUCAAUAAAGUUUUCAAUUGAAUAAACAUGCUGAAAACAUGA